CGUCUUUAAGUGGCUCGCGCUGCCGGAGGAGCCGCAAAAAAACGAGAGGACCGGCGCGCGCUCUGUCUCUCAUACACAUUCACACACUCACACACACACACACUCACUCUCUCUCUCUCUAUCACACACACGCGCUCUCUCCCUCAUCCCUCUCUCUCGCUCUCUCUCUCUUUCUCUCCCACGCGCAUCGCUCAGUUACAUCGCGCGCGCUUCGAGCACGUCCUUUUUCUCUCUUUCACUCUCUCUCUAUUUUUUCUCCCCUCGGAUAAAAGAAACAGGGAUUUUUUUUCCUCUUUUGUCCGGCUUGCGUCCAUUUGCAAGAUAACUGGAGUGGUACUGUAACAGUGCGAGCCCUGGCCUGUGAGAAAUGGCUCAGUAGUAGCACCAGGGAUGCCGGACCAUGACAGUGAGUCCCUCCUAAACCGACAGACCAAAAGAAGACGAGUGGACAUUGGCGUGAAGAGAACCGUGGGUUCAACUUCCACACCUACACCGGCAGCCUCUGCUGACAGUAUCGCAGCCCGCGCAGCCAAAUCCGCCGCCAUCUUCGGGGCCAUGAACGCCCAUCACAGCCGGGAGCAGGACCUGCUGGAGUGCCAAGGGACACAGCUCGGGCACGAGGAUGCCACUGAGACCAAAUCCAAUGUGCUCCGGAAGCUUCUUAAGAGGGCCAACUCAUAUGAGGAUGCGAUGAUGCCCUUUCCUGGUGCCACUAUCAUUUCACAGCUUCUGAAAAGCAACAUGGCAAAAAAUGGAGGAAGUGGAGGAGCGGAGCCAGGGUUCCAUGGUAGCGCCCUCUCCAGCACAGGAUCUGAGGUGCCCCAGGAGGAUGCAUGCAGUAAUUCAUCCCAGGACAGCCCUCAGGAGUGCCUCUCACCCUUCGGCCGCUCCACACUGAGUCACUUUGAUGUCGAACGACUCAAUGAUGAACACCUCCGAGCUAAGCGUGCUCGUGUAGAGAACAUCAUACGUGGAAUGAGCCACUCCCCCAGUGUUAUGAUGCCAUCAAACUCCAGCACAAAGGAGCGAGAGCGGGAUGGGGAUGGAGAAGCAGAGGGUCCUCAGCAGCCAUCUAGCCCACGUGAUGGCUACCGCGAGAACAAGCGCAAGCAGAAGCUUCCUCAACAGCAGCACAGCUUCCAGCAGCUGGUGUCAGCGCGCAAGGAGCAAAAGGUGGAGGAACGCAGGCAGCUCAAGCUGCAGCUCGAGGACAUGCAGAAACAGCUGCGACAGCUGCAAGAGAAGUUCUUCCAGAUUUACGAUAGCACUGACUCUGAAGGGAAUGACCCAGAACAUGAUGGAGGAAACCUCUCUGAAGACAGCGGCCGUUCUGAUGCUGGACUCAUCGAUGGCGAUAUUGAUGAGCGCCCUGUGCGGGAUUCUGCUGCCGAUCGUUCCGAUAAUGAAAUGUCAGACUUGGAUCCAGGGCACUUUCUGGACCGGGCAAGAGCGUUACUAAAGGAACAAUCCCUGCUAGAUGGAGAGAAGCCCAAAAGGGAGGGUGCGCUGAGGAGCAAGGGUCAAGGUCCAACUUCUAUGCACGCAGAAGGCAAACAGCUUGCUGAGACGCUGAAGCAGGAACUAAAUUCUGCCAUGUCCCAGGUUGUAGACACUGUAGUAAAGGUCUUUGCAAAACCUCCACGGCCUCUCCCACAGGUGUUCCCACCACUUCCUGCACCUCAGGAUCGUUUCAGCAUCAACGGAGACAACCCGAACUUUCACACAGCCAAUCAGAGGCUUCAGUGUUUUGGCGAUGUGAUAAUUCCCAGCCCUCAUGAAUCGUUUGGUGGAGUCCCGCUCCCCAGUGCCAAUGAUCAGACCGAGGCACUGCCUCUAGUGGUGCGGAAGUCUGCAUCCGAGCACCACCACCAAUCGUCGGCAGUGGGUGCUCAUGGAGGCCACCACCAUCCCUCCCUACACCCCUCUUCCCUCUCCGCCAACAUGGGCUUCAGUCCGCCAUCUUUUCGCCAUCCCUUUCCUCUUCCUCUCAUGGGGUACCCCUUCCAGGGCCCGCUUGGUGCCCCAUCGGUAGGGUACCCAGGCAAAGACAGAGGCUCACCUGAUUCCAUGGACCUCUCACGGGAGACCACCAGCUUACGGACCAAGAUGGCAUCAAACCACCAUAUGGGGCACCAUCGGUCCUGUUCGCCAACCCACCCAGGGAGCACAGCUGAGAGUCUGUCUCUAUCACUCAUCAAGUCUGAGUGUGGAGACCUUCAGGACAUGUCUGACAUCUCGCCAUAUUCAGGGAGUACAAUUCAGGAAGGGCUUUCCCCCAACCACCUGAAGAAGGCCAAGCUCAUGUUCUUCUACACCAGGUACCCCAGCUCCAACAUGCUGAAGAUGUUCUUCUCUGAUGUCAAGUUUAACAGGUGUAUCACGUCUCAGUUGAUAAAGUGGUUCAGUAACUUUCGGGAGUUCUACUACAUCCAGAUGGAGAAGUUUGCACGACAGGCCAUCAACGACGGAGUGACCGGAGCGGAGGAGAUCGCGGUCAGCCGAGACUCGGAGCUGUUCAGGGCGCUCAACAUGCACUACAACAAGGCCAACGACUUUGAGGUUCCUGAACGUUUCCUGGAGGUGGCUCAGAUCACACUGCGGGAGUUCUUCAACGCCAUCGUGGCGGGAAAAGACGUGGACCCUUCUUGGAAGAAGGCCAUCUACAAGGUCAUCUGCAAGCUGGACUCAGAAGUUCCAGAGAUAUUCAAAUCCCCCAACUGUCUCCAGGAACUUCUCCAUGAGUAAACGAUUCCCAAAAGUCUGCUUGUUGUUUUCCUAUGAUGAUUUGAAUUUCUUUCUUUUUUUUUUUUUCUUCUUUUCUCGAGUUUUACAGUUCUCCUUUUUCUCUUCUUGUUUUUGAAUGUAUGGCAUAUGAAGUAGCAUUCCUGAGCUUUUCUUUUUUCCUGGGGUGAUCUAGUUGUUAAAUUUGAGAUUCUUCUUUGUCUUUGACUUUAACUUUUUUUGUGUUUUAUAUUUGGAAAGACUUUGAUAUCCCAGUAGGGGCCCCCUUUGACUUUUGCCUGCCCAUUCUGUCUGGAAUUCUGGGUAAAAAUGCUCACAACACCCCUUAUAAUGAAGCCAAACAACUCAGUGAACUAGUAUGACUGAUGUAAAGUUGACUUGGGCUUGUCAAACUGAAGUUUUUGAAGUGUGUAUUUUUUUUCUGGAGAUUAGGGCAUUGCAUUUAUAGGGUGUAUAGAAUUAUUAUUAUUAUUAUUUCUAUUAUUAUUGUUAUUUUAUUAUUGUUGGUGUUCUUGUUGUUCUUGUUGUUCCUGCUUGGGUAAGACUGGCACUUGGAGGGUUU